AUUGCUUGCCCUCAGACUUUCGUCGUAGCAACUCAAGCUAGCCUCCUUGUACACAAAGUAGUUCUGUUAGUUCAGUAGUUGUAAUCCGAAUCCGAAAAGAAUCCAUGGAAACCAAAGUCCUAUCCAGCGGAAUCCGGCACACUUCCCUCCCUGAAAACUACGUCCGGCCUGAAUCCGACCGGCCAAGGCUAUCGGAGGUCGCCGACUGCAACAAUGUUCCGGUCAUCGAUUUGGGCUGCGGAGAACGAAAGCUAAUAGUCAAACAAAUUGCGCAAGCCUGCUCCGAAUAUGGAUUUUUCCAGGUUAUAAAUCAUGGGGUACCAAAGAAAGCGAUAGAGGACAUGCUAAAAGUAGCCCAAGAAUUUUUCCAGUUGCCAGUAGAGGAGAAGAUGAAACUCUACUCCGAUGACCCAUCAAAAACCAUGAGACUUUCCACCAGUUUCAAUGUCAAAAAAGAAACUGUUCAUAACUGGAGAGACUAUCUUAGACUUCACUGCCAUCCAUUGGAGAAAUACUCACCAGAAUGGCCUUCAAACCCGUCUUGUUUCAGGGCUAUUGUGAGGAAUUAUGUGAAGGAAGUUCGAGAACUUGGAUUUAGAGUAGAAGAAGCCAUAUCAGAAAGCUUAGGCCUGGAAAAGAGUAGCAUCCGCGAGGUGUUGGGCGAGCAGGGUCAGCAUAUGGCCGUCAACUUCUGCAUUCCGUGCUGGAAACCGGAGCGCACUUACAGCUUGCCGGCGCAUACUGAUCCCAAUGACCUCACCAUUCUCCUUCAAGACACGCAGGCUUCAUGCUUCCAAGUCCUCAAGGAUGGCAAGUGGUUGGCUAUGAAACCUCACCCAGAUGCCUUUGUUAUCAACCUUGGUGAUCAACUGCAGGCACUCAGGAAUGGCAAGUACAAGAGCGUAUGUUACAGUGCUAUUGUGAACAAACAUGGAGCAAGAAUGUUGAACAUGUCUCUCAAAAUGGAAGAACCCAUACCAAACCUUCAAGAAACUGAACUCAAUGUCACUGCAACGCCGCAACAACGCCUAACAAAUUAUCCUCCGCCACCAGCAUCUGAUCACACUCCGCCGCCACAUCAAAGGUCUCGCUUUUGGGGCAAAGUUGUUAAGAUUACGAAACGUCUUACGGUUGAAUUAAUUUGGAGAGCACUUUUUGAUGAACUUGCUGAUGAGUGAUGACGCGGGUAUAUAAUAUUCAGGGCCGGCCCGGGCCAUGAAAGACUAUAGAAAUGUAAAAGCCACUUAUUAUCAACGGCUGAUGACUAUAAUGUGUAUUUGAUAGACAUGAUUUUCAAGGAGAAAUUUUUACAUUUAGGAUCA